CACAAAUUUUACCAAAAAGUUUCUCUCGGUCGGCGUCACAUUUCGAUAUCCCAGGUUUUAAUAUUGUAAUCUCAUACACCUGUGUAUUCUACCAGCUCCCGAUUUGAUCAGAAAAGUACCCAAAAAAAAGUACUUUGACCAGUGUGUUGAACACAAGUUCACACAAAGGCUUCGAGGCAAGAGAGGCUGUUCUUUCUCCAAGGAAGUUUAAUUGAAAAAAAUGGUUUUUGAAACGAUACAACCUGGUCCUCCGGACCCCAUGAACCUGCUCAAGACAACCGCCGACGCAGACACCAGUCCGGACAAGGUUGAUCUCGGAGUCGGUAUCUACAGAAACGAAAAGGGAAACUAUCAGGAGCUGGCAACCGUGAGGGAGGCCAAGGUGAAACUGCUACAGAAUGACCCUGGACAUGAUUACGAAUGCACAACCGGCAACGUAAACUUCAUCAAACACGCAGCAGGCGUCAUGUUCGGCCGGGACAGCGACCUCCUCGCCGCCGGCAAGAUCGCCUCGGUGCAGACCAUAUCCGGCACGGGCGCGGUUCACCUAGCAGCGCAGUUCAUCUCGCGCUUCGUCACCCCGUCGCCGACCGUCUACGUCGGCACUCCCACGUGGGGCAACUACAGGCCGCUGUGCGAGCUGGUGGGCCUGCAGGUGGUCGAGUUCCAGCAGUACGACGCGGAGGGACGCGCGCUCGACUUCCCGGCAGUCCUGGCCGCCGUCCGGUCCGCGCCGAGGGGGAGCGUCUUCAUCUUCCAGGCUUGCUGCCACAACCCGACGGGGAUGGACCCGACGCGGGCGCAGUGGGACGAGCUGCGGGCUGCGGUGCGCGACAUGGGCCACUUCCCCGUCUUUGACAAUGCGUACCAGGGCCUCGGGGACGGGCUGGACGAGGAUGCCUAUGCGGUGCGGUCGUGGGCCGCCGAGGGCAUCGAGAUGUUUGUCUGCCAGUCGUUUAGCAAGAACUUUGCCCUGUACGGGGAGCGCUGCGGCGUCCUGCAUGCUUUCUGCCCGGCCGGCGCUGGUGCGGCGCGCAACGUUCACGAUCAGCUGAGGUGCUUGAUCCGCUGGGAGUUUUCGUCCUCGCCGGCCUAUGGGUCGAGGUUGGUGAGUAUGAUCUUGAGCUCUGAAGAGCUCAGGGCAAAAUGGGAGAAUGAACUUUCUGUUAUGCGGCAAAGAAUCAAGGGUAACCGUGAGCUUCUAUUCAAACUUCUGACCGAGGAAUACAAGACGCCCGGAAACUGGCAGCACAUACUCGAGGAAAAAGGUCUCUUCUCCUACUUCCGACUAAGCCCCGCCCAGUGUCGAGCUCUGGUCGACAAGCAUCAUAUAUAUCUCCCUAUCAACGGCCGCAUCAACAUAUCUGGGCUGAACGCUGAAAACGCGAAAAAGGUUGCCUGCAAAAUAGAUGAGGUUGUACGGGAUACCCAGUAGAGUGUGACGGGCCAGGAUUGUCGGGACCAGGGACAGGAAGGAAUGACUGAUUGAUUGAGAAGGGCAAAUAUUUCCUUCCAUGAUCCAGUUGAUCACAACUCUCCUAAUGUAAUGAAAGUUGACUUGGACACAGUGUGCAGGUAUCGAGCCAACGCGACCAGUGGUGUGUGGGAACAAGUAAGCCUAAAAGGGGAGAAAAGGCCAGAACAGAGUCGAGAUUGUGAAAGUAAUACACCUAUAUCGAAUUUGACGUUCCCAAUACAGGCCAGCUUAGUAGCGGUAGACGGGAGGACGGACAGCUCCGUCGCCCCAAAUACCCAGGACGGCGACGAGGAAUCCCACACCCGCGACACCGGUACGCACCAUCUGCUUCUUGAUAAAGGUCUCGACGUCGGCGCGGACCGUCUCGCCGUUCAGGUUCACAGGUUCCUCCUCGGGAAGCUCGUCGCCGCUGGUGCCGUCGCUGUGGACGUCGGUGCUCAGGACCUCGUAGCUGGCCUCCAUGCGAGCCCGGGCGGCGCGUUCGCGGCGUGCAGCUUGGUCGGGGUUGGACCUCGGCAGGGGACGCGGGGCGGUUCGCAGGUACGGGUUGAACCUUUCAGAGGCGGCACCGGCCGACAGGACCGCGAGCACCGAGGUGUAGAGGAGGUAGGGGUGGCGGAAGUAGCGGGGAGAUGCGAUCAGAGCGAGCGCAAAAGUCGUGGCCGAAGCAGCGGUCAGGGCCCCAAGCUGCCGGCGGGCCGAGGCCGAAAGGGAGUAGAAGGCGGGUGCGGCGUUCUCGGAUGAGUUUAAUGCCAAAAGGGCCGGUGCCGACACAGUCCCUAGCGUGUAGGAAAGACCCUGUUAAAAGGCCCAGGGAGACAGUCCCGACGAACUUGAGUACAGAAACUCCACGGGAAGCCAUGGUUGCUCUGCUGAUUUUGAAAUGGCGGAACGGGGGUUGGCAGAAAUGAACAAACGCAAUGAGUUUGACGUUGCUGCUGUUCCGAGAGAGAAGAAAGGACGGAGCUCUGUUCCCUCUCCA